UACCUUUCCUCUUCCCCACACACUGAUCGACUCCACUAGUGAAACCUCACCAAAUGGCAACAGUAGAAAAUCCAGCUGCAGCUCUACCGCCCGCCAUUACCAAUCCCCUGAAAACCUCUUCCAAACUGAAACUCUCUCUCUUCUCCAUUCUUCUCUUCUCCCUCUCCUACUUCCUCGGCAGCACCCUCCACUCUCCUUCUUCAUCUCCUCCCCUGAUUCCUCCCCACCAGCAGAACCAACUUCUCCUCUGUCCUCCCAUCUUCCCGCCGUCGCCGCCACCGCCGCCGCCGGAAUCUCUCGACUUCCAACCUCACCACUUCCUAACCAGCUCCCUCAUUUCCAAUUCCAUCUCCAGCUCAAUCAAUUCGCUUCCAAUCCCACUCUGCUCUGCCAAUUUCACCGACUUCGUCCCCUGCCACGACCCAUCAAGAGAGAAGCUAUUCUUUUCCCCUUUGGGAUCAACCCAACUGGCCUUCUUCCACAGGGAAAGGCAUUGCCCUGCUUCCGAAGGAGAGAAACCCAGGUGCUUGGUUCCGAGGCCUCGUGGUUACAAGUCUCCGUUCCCCUGGCCGAAGAGCAAGGGUUUUGCGUGGUUUCGAAAUGUGCCUUCCAAGAAGCUUACUGUUACGAAGAAGAGUCAGAAUUGGGUUAGGUUGGAAGGGGAAUUCCUGGUUUUCCCCGGCGGCGGGACUUCUUUCCCCAAAGGCGUGAAGGGUUAUGUGGAGGAGAUUAGGCGGCUUCUGCCGGAGUUGAAGAAUGGUGCUAUAAGAACUGCUCUUGAUAUUGGAUGUGGGGUUGCAAGUUUUGCAGCAUUUCUGAUGGACUACAAUGUCCUGACAAUGUCAGUAGCACCGAGAGACAUACAUGAGGCACAAGUGCAGUUCGCGUUGGAAAGAGGGCUUCCAGCCAUGCUCGGUAUACUCAGUGUUCACAGGCUUCCAUUCCCAUCAAGAUCAUUCGACAUGGCUCAUUGCUCGAGAUGCCUGGUUCCAUGGACUAAUAAUGAUGGACUUUAUCUGUUGGAGAUUGAUCGGGUACUGAGGCCUGGUGGCUACUGGGUGUUGUCUGGCCCACCCAUCAACUGGAAGCUUAACUAUAAAGGUUGGGAGAGACCUGCUAUGGACUUGGAACAGGAGCAGAAGGCAUUGGAGGAUCUUGCCAAGAGACUGUGCUGGAAGAAAGUAGCAGAGAAAGGAAACAUUGCUGUGUGGCGAAAACCUACUAAUCAUGUUCACUGCAUGAUAAAGUCAAGGACUUGGAAGUCACCUCAUAUGUGCACAGGGAGUGAUCCUGAUGCUGGUUGGUACAGUAAGAUGGAGGCUUGCAUAACUCCCCUUCCACCUGUUUCUGACGUCCACCAUGUCUCUGGAGGCACUCUUCAGAACUGGCCCAAAAGACUGAAUGCUGCUCCUCCUAGGCUUAAAAGUGAAGGAAUCUCAGUCAAGGAAUUCAAUGAAGACAACUUGCUGUGGAAAAAAAGAGUUGCACAUUAUGGGGUCAUACUUAAGCCUUUCACUCGAGGCAAGUAUAGGAACAUUAUGGAUAUGAAUGCUGGAAUUGGUGGCUUUGCUGCUGCACUGAUUAAGCUCCCGGUGUGGGUUAUGAAUGUGGUGGCUCCUGAUACUAACAGCAACCUCAGCAUUGUGUAUCAGCGCGGCCUUAUAGGUACCUACAUGAACUGGUGUGAGGCUUUCUCGACGUACCCUAGGACAUACGACUUGAUACAUGCCAAUGGUGUCUUCAGCAUGUAUAUGAACAAGUGUGAUAUGGUCGAUAUUGUGUUGGAGAUGCACAGGAUUCUGAGGCCUGAAGGAGCUGUGAUAGUGAGGGAUCAUGUUGAUGUUAUAGCCAAGUUAAAAGCAAUUACUGAUAGGAUUGGUUCAUGGGCUGGCACCAUGUAUCACUCUGAGAAUGGCCCCUUUCAUUCUCAAAAGGUUUUGUUGAUUCAUGGUUCUCUAAGUUAGGUAUCUAUUCUUAGUUCUCUCUUUAAAGUAGUAGCCUUUGUUGAGAUUAGGCUAAAAAUAUGUACCUAUUGAAGCAUAUAUGAAAUCCAGUAACUUGUAAGCAUAUAUUAUAAUUUCAGAGGGAUAUAAAAUUUCCUAUUAAUUACCUCAUUGGACAAAUAUUAGACUUGAUAUGAAUGGUUUGUUAAUGUACUGUGUUUUUAGUGAGAUUUUAGUUCAUGUACUAUGUUUUU